GUGGACAAAGGAGUGGUGAUGGCAACCGGGAUCAUCGUGGCAGGCGGGACGAUUCCCGCGACCGAAGAAGCCGCCGCGACGGCUCAGCGGAUUCUGCCUCCCGGCGAGCCGACGGCGGUCGUCCGCGAGCCGUCAAGGCGGAUGGCGUAACAAGCAAAGACAGCGAGGACUCGCAGCCAGUUAAGUCUACACCGACCCAAGCCCAGACGGAGGCAGAGAAAAAGGCUGAGCGACUACGCAAACUCCAAGCCAUGAAGGAGAAGCAUGCCCUGAAGGAAGCCAAGGAAGCCGACGUCACCGCCGGGAGCACUCGGAUGCUCUUGGCUGAGAUGGACCAGAAGGCCAGCGGUACACCAGGCCCAAUUAGUCCUGCGCCGGGCUCGGCAAGUCCCGCCCCAGCAUCGCCAGCAGCCCCAAUGCCGUAUACAGGCAAGUUCGAUCCCAAAGCCAUCGUGAGAAACGCCAAAGGGGCCCGAUCCCAAUCUCCGGCCAAGCUGGGCGAUGUAAAGCUCGGUGCGCACGGCGCGAAGGCGCUAGGUAUCAAAACUGAGGCAAACACCAGAGGUGACGAUGGCUUACUGCCAGCCAACAGGGCAGUCAGUGCGUUUGGUUUCCAAAAAAGUGCUGACGCCCAGAAAUCGGCUUCGAAACGCAAACUGGACAUGGACGAUGAGGAGGUCAUCAAGCGCAAGCUCGUCAAACUCCCUGAUUUCGUUACCGAGAAUACCAACAGCACGGCAGAAGCAGAUGGUGACGCGGAAGACGACGGAGACGAAGACUUGGAUCUGCUUAUGGCUCGGAACGAGGAGGAGAUGGCAGAAGCUCACCGGAUUCUUCAGGAGAGGCGCGAUGAGCGCAUCCAGAAGGAAGGCAUGGCGAUGGAUGUUGACACGGAUAUGCCCAACGGGGAAGUCAAGGAUGAGCCGAUGCCGCCAGCUCCCGCCAUGGAUGAUCAGGAAGAUGUGGAUCCCUUGGAUGCGUUCAUGGCUGACCUUGAGCACACUGGCUCUGCAGGUGGUGUGGGCUCGAUACCUGUCAGGGAGCAACAUGGCUCCAAAAAGGGUUUUGAACCAGAGGCUUACUUCAGUGACGAUGAUUACCGUCACGAAGCGGACGAUGCCGAUCCGUCAUCUAUUCUUGCUAUGGCGGCCAAGAGGAAGAAGAAGGACAUUCCGAAACACGACUACAGCAAGAUUGAGCUCAACCCGAUACGAAAGAAUUUCUGGGUCGAGCCUCAGGAGCUCGCGCAAAUGACGGAAGAAGAGGCAGCCGACCUACGCUUGGAGUUGGAUGGUAUCAAGGUCUCGGGCAAGGACGUGCCCAGACCAGUGCAGAAGUGGUCGCAGUGCGGCCUCACCCGGCCCAUCCUAGAUGUCAUCGACGGACUCGACUACGAAAAGCCGACGCCGAUUCAGAUGCAGGCUCUACCUGUCAUCAUGUCUGGUCGGGACGUCAUUGGUGUUGCGAAGACGGGAUCCGGCAAGACGAUGGCCUUCGUCCUUCCCAUGCUCCGCCACAUCAAGGAUCAAGACCCCGUCAGCGGUGAUGACGGCCCCAUUGCAUUGAUCAUGACCCCUACCCGAGAAUUGUGCACACAGAUCUACUCGGACCUGUUGCCAUUCGCUAAGGCACUGAAGCUUCGUGCCGUAGCUGCCUAUGGCGGGAAUGCCAUCAAGGAUCAAAUCGCCGAGCUAAAACGAGGUGCCGAGAUUAUUGUCGCCACGCCAGGACGUAUGAUUGAUCUUCUGGCGGCGAACUCGGGUCGCGUCACCAACCUCAAGCGUGCAACCUAUCUUGUCCUUGACGAGGCGGACCGCAUGUUUGACAUGGGUUUCGAGCCCCAAGUAAUGAAGAUCUUCAACAAUGUCCGUCCGGAUCGCCAGACAAUCCUGUUCUCGGCAACGAUGCCGAGGAUCAUAGACGCGCUCACCAAGAAGGUUCUUCGAGACCCGGUCGAGAUCACGGUGGGGGGUCGUAGCGUGGUGGCGCCCGAGAUCACCCAAGUGGUCGAGAUUAUAGAGGAGAACAAGAAGUUUGUUCGUCUUCUGGAGCUCCUCGGCGAAUUGUAUGCCGACGACGACGAUGUCCGCGCGUUGAUCUUCGUCGAGCGACAAGAAAAGGCUGAUGACUUGUUGCGCGAGCUCCUGCGGCGAGGUUAUGGCUGCAUGUCUAUUCACGGGGGGAAGGAUCAAGAGGAUCGUAACUCGACCAUCUCUGAUUUCAAGAAGGGCGUUUGCCCUAUCAUGAUCGCAACAUCGGUGGCGGCGCGUGGCCUCGACGUCAAGCAAUUGAAGUUGGUCAUCAAUUACGACGCUCCCAAUCAUCUUGAGGACUAUGUCCACCGCGCUGGCCGUACCGGGCGCGCCGGCAAUACGGGUACAGCUGUCACCUUCGUCACGGAGGAGCAGGAGAAUUGUGCGCCCGGGAUCGCGAAAGCGCUCGAGCAGAGCGGACAGCCUGUUCCCGAGCGCCUCAACGAGAUGCGCAAGGCUUGGAGAGAGAAGGUCAAGUCCGGAAAGGCUAAAGACGCCAGCGGUUUCGGUGGGAAAGGUCUGGAGAAGCUCGACAAAGAUCGUGAGGCGGCGCGGAUGCGUGAGCGCAAGACGCACAAGGCCGAGGGCGAAGAGGAGGACUUCAAAGAAGAGGAGACGGCAGAAGAUGCGAAGACGGACAAGGCCAAGUCGGCCAUAGAGGCAGCUGUCUCGGCCAUUGUCUCUCGCGAUGCGGCCAAGACAGAUGCCGAAGCGAAAGUCGUUCCUGCCGACGGCGCAGCCAAAGGAGUCGCCGCAGUCGGCACCGGCAAGGGCGGCGCUCUGGACAAGGCUGCCUCUGCUAUCAGCGAAAUCAACGCGCGGCUGGCCCGUGCCGGCCAGCUCCGACCUGGUCAGCCGGUUGACAACAAGGGCCCUGAUGCCGGCGCGUUCCACGCGACGCUGGAGAUCAACGACUUCCCGCAAAAGGCUCGUUGGGCGGUCACCAACCGGACUAAUGUGGCUAAGAUCCUCGAGGCAACCGGCACCUCAAUCACGACCAAGGGCACAUACUACCCGGCCGGCAAGGAACCCGCGCCAGGUGGCGAGCCGAAACUGUACAUUCUCAUCGAGGGUGACACGGAGCUGGUGGUCGGCAAGGCGCUGUCAGAGCUCACGCGGCUGCUUAAGGAGGGCACGCUGGCUGCUGCGGACGCCGAGAGCCGGGCGCCUGCGAGUGGCAGGUACACGAUUACGUGAUGCGCUUCUCCCUCAUCGUUUCUGUUUUAUAGUUAAGUAUUCAGUAAGGUACCUAGUCUCUCAGUAAGCGUAGAGGCCAUUGGCUAAGGGGAGAACCUGUCGAUUACGCAAAAGGUCUCAGAAGGGCAUAAUGGAGCUAGA